GAACCUACGAGACAAGGGAGCUCAGGGACUCCAGAAAGGUCUAUGGGGUCUCCUGCUGCUCGUCGUGCUUUUGUUCCCAUCUUACGCAGCGGUAAAUUCAACGUGUUGCUGACCACAUACGAGUACAUCAUUAAGGACAAACAAGUGCUAGCUAAGCUGCGCUGGAAGUAUAUGAUAGUGGACGAGGGCCACCGUAUGAAAAACCACCACUGUAAGCUGACCCAGGUCCUCAACACUCACUACUUGGCCCCGCGGCGUGUGCUGCUGACGGGAACCCCGCUGCAGAACAAGCUGCCCGAGCUCUGGGCCCUGCUCAACUUCCUGCUGCCCACCAUCUUUAAGAGCUGCAGCACGUUCGAGCAGUGGUUCAACGCCCCGUUCGCCAUGACGGGAGAGAAGGUGGACCUGAACGAAGAAGAAACCAUCCUCAUCAUCCGGCGUUUACACAAAGUGCUGCGGCCGUUCCUGCUGCGCCGACUCAAGAAGGAAGUGGAGGCUCAGCUGCCGGAGAAGGUGGAGUACGUGAUCAAGUGCGACAUGUCGGCGCUGCAGAGGGUCCUGUACCGACACAUGCAGGCCAAGGGAGUGUUACUCACAGACGGGUCAGAGAAGGACAAGAAGGGUAAAGGUGGAACGAAGACCCUGAUGAACACUAUCAUGCAGCUGAGGAAGAUCUGCAACCAUCCCUACAUGUUCCAGCACAUCGAGGAGUCGUUCUCUGAGCAUCUUGGUCACUCUGGUGGAAUCGUCACCGGUGCCGAUCUGUACCGCGCCUCCGGGAAGUUCGAGCUGCUGGACCGCAUCCUGCCCAAACUCAGGACCACAAACCACAAAGUGCUGCUCUUCUGUCAGAUGACCUCGCUCAUGACCAUCAUGGAGGACUACUUCGGCUACCGCAACUUCAAGUACCUGCGUCUGGACGGAACCACCAAGGCCGAGGAUCGUGGCAUGCUGCUGAAGACCUUCAACGACCCGGCGUCUGAGUACUUUGUGUUCCUGCUCAGUACCAGGGCAGGAGGUCUGGGGUUGAAUCUGCAGUCUGCCGACACAGUCAUCAUCUUUGACAGCGACUGGAACCCUCAUCAGGACUUGCAGGCUCAGGACAGAGCCCAUCGUAUCGGGCAGCAGAACGAGGUGCGCGUUCUCCGCCUCUGCACCGUCAACAGCGUGGAGGAGAAGAUCCUGGCGGCGGCAAAGUACAAACUGAACGUGGACCAGAAGGUCAUCCAGGCCGGCAUGUUCGACCAGAAGUCGUCAGGCUGUGAGCGCCGCGCCUUCUUACAGGCCAUUCUGGAGCACGAGGAACAGGACGAGGUCGGGACUCGAGGCGGCUGCCGUGCUCGGGGGGCUUGGGUGGGUGUGAUCUGAACAUGUUAGCAUAUC